AAGUGAAGUGAAGUGAAGUAUCAAGUAAUAAAAUGUCCAUAUCGCGCGAUUACUGCGAACUAGAUAAUGAUAAAAAACUUAUUAAAAUUGUUGAAAAUUUCGAUAAGAGUUUGGAUGAAAUUGAAAAAUCUUUAUUAGCCGCCGUUCAAUUUGAGAACUAUGAGCAUCUGGCCACCGAAGAUAAGGUGAAAUUCGAUAAUUAUGUGGUUUAUUGCACUAAUUCAUUGUUUUGGAUGCAUGUUAAAUUGCAAGGCGAAGAUGCAAAUGAGCACGCAAUCAAAGCUGAACUAGCACGUGUGCGUCAGACCAUUUUAAGGGAUAAGGAAAUUUAUGAACAUAAAACUAUACGUCCCGUAGUGGAUAAAUCCGCUGCUGCACGUUUUAUCAAACAUGGCCUACAUAUAUACGAUAGGCCAAUUGUGGAUGCCCAGGAAGAUUCCAAAAUGGAGGAAUGAAAAAACAAAUAUAGUAAACGAUAUUACCCCCUAAUGUAAUUAAUUAUUAGAGACAACGACUUGCAAGGGCUGUUUUGUCGUCAUUUUAAGAAGACUGAAGUGUUUAUAUAUUUUAUGUUAUAUAGAUGAAAUAAAAUAUUUCCCAAAAUCAAUGAGGCUAUGGUAAUUUGCAUUCACGCGGAACUACGCAAAAGUUUGGACACCGCUUGGAUUCGAAUCGUUUGCUUAACCGUUAU